AUGCCAGGAGGAGGCAACAGAUGCGGUUUGCAGCCAAUUAGCCUCCUGCAGGCUCUGGCAACAAUUAUCCUCGCCGUCGCAGCAGCAGCAGCUGCAGCAUGGCUGGCUCCGAUCGCCGGGACGUCGUCGUCGACGUCGCGUGUGGCGGCGGCCAAUGGCACGUGCCAGUCAAGGGUGGCACCGUUUGGCUACGCGUGUGAAGAGCACACGGUGACGACGGAAGAUGGGUACAUCCUAAGCCUGCAGAGGAUCCCGAGCGGCCGCGGCGAGACGGCAGCCGGCGGCGGCGGCGGAGGCAAGGUGCCGGUGCUUCUGCAGCACGGACUCAUGAUGGAUGGGGUGACUUGGCUUAUGAACUCGCCCAAUGAGUCGCUAGGAUACAUUCUAGCGGACAAUGGGUACGAUGUCUGGAUUGCCAAUAGCCGUGGCACCGUCUAUAGCCGCCACCACACUUCGCUCGUCUCUAGUGACUCGGCAUACUGGAACUGGUCAUGGGACGAGCUGUCCAGCAAGGACCUAUCAGCAGUAGUGCAGUACGUGUACAGCCAAGCCGGCCAGCAGAAGAUGCACUACGUAGGCCACUCUUUGGGCACGUUGAUCGCGUUGGCUGCCCUGAGCGAUCAGCAGCAGCAGAUCGGGAUGCUGCGGUCGGCCGGUCUGCUCAGCCCCAUCGCCUUCCUCGACAAGAUGUCGUCGCCGCUGGCGCGCGCGGCGGCCGACGUCUUCUUGGCUGAGGCACUCUACUGGCUGGGGCUCAGUGAGUUCGAUCCUACAGGAGAAUACGUUCACAGCUUGGUCACUGACAUUUGCAAGCAACCAGGCAUCGAUUGCUACAAUCUGAUGUCAGCAUUCACAGGUGACAACUGCUGCCUCGACAACUCCUCUGUUCAGGUCUUCCUUGCCCAUGAGCCUCAAGCUACAGCCACCAAGAACAUGAUCCACCUGGCUCAGAUGAUUAGAGGAGGCACGAUCGCCAAGUACGACUACGGCAAUGCCGGCGACAACAGGGAGCACUACGGGCAGGCGACGCCGCCAGCGUACGACGUGACGGCGAUCCCGGGCGACUUCCCUCUCUUCCUCAGCUACGGCGGCAGGGACAGCCUCUCCGACGUCCAGGACGUGAGCCGCCUCCUGCGGGCCCUGGGCCAGUCGCACUCGCGCGACGGCGACAAGCUCACCGUGCAGUACCUCGCCGACUACGCGCACGCCGACUUCGUCAUGGCCCGGAACGCCGGGGAGAGGGUGUAUGCGCCUCUCAUGGCCUUCUUCAAGCUCCAGGAGAAGUGAGAGCGGAUACAUAUAUGGGCGAGAUGGGUAGUGUUGUCGAUUAAUUGUGUUUUGAGCAUCUGUGAGAUAAUUAGUUUCAAGGGAUGAUAUCUCAUGUUGUAAAAAUUAAAUCAGGUGUGAUAAGAAAAUGAUAAAAAAAAGGUUAAUGAUAGUUAGAAUUUUAUAUUUGGAAGGAACACUACUGGAGAAUUGAUCUUUAUCUGGAUGGCAAAAAUCAUUGUCGAAACUAGAUUUCGGCAAUAAUAAA